CAUAAUGGGUUUAUACUAGUAGACAAGUCGAAGUGUCCCAAAAGCCGCAUGAUACAUCUACCUACCCAAGUACUUUCCGUUGCCAUUAUACGCCACUCACAACAACAUACAUACCAUACUACAUACACUUUGUUUAUGCCGCCUACCCUCCCAAGAUUGUAGAUAAUGACGGAUAUUAUUGCUCCGGGUUUAUUUAUUUUAAUUUAAUUUAUUCAUAUAUAAUUUCGUCGCUGCAAUUCGCCGGGUUUAAAUCCUCAGCCUUCACGCGGACACUACCACCAUGCAACACGCCUCCCAUUUCGGGGCUUUUCCCUCCACAUCUCAGCCAAGUGAGGACUGAGGUGAGCUAGCCAUGCCGACUGCCUCCUCUGCCCACCGCUCACUCCUCCUCUGCCUCUGCGUCGCUCUGCUCUCCAACUCGGCCGCCGCCUUGCCGUCGCCCCGGGACCUCCGCUUCUCCGUCGAGGACAUCGCGGCGGUGGAGGCCGCGCUGCCGCGCCACAGCAGGCGGACGUCCUCCAAGACCACCUUCUUCGAGGUGGACCGCCCUCUCCGCCCUCCCAGGGGCAGCUCCGGCCCCUGCUCCACGCUGCUGCUGUCGCACUCCUUCGCCUUCACGCUCACCAAGCCGCCCGUCACGGCGACGUACUCGCCGCCGCCGUGCCUAGCAUCCGGCGCGUCGUCGGUGUCGCUCGCGGUGCUCGAGUGGCGCGCCGAGUGCCGCGGCGCGCAGUACGACCGCACCUUCGGCGUGUGGCUCGGCGGCGCCGAGCUCCUGCGUGGCAGCACCGCGGAGCCCCGCCCCGGCGGGGUGGUCUGGUCGGUCUCCAAGGACGUCACCCGCUACGCGGCCCUCCUCGCCGCCGGCGACGCCACGCUCGCCGUGUACCUCGGCAACCUCAUCGACGACACCUACAACGGCGUCUACCACGCCAACCUCACGCUCCACCUCUACUUCCGCUCCGGCGCGCGGUCCUCUCCGCCGUCGGCCGCCGCCGACGCCGUCGUCCCCGUCUCCAGGAGCCUGCCGCUCAACGACGGGCUGUGGUUCGUCGUCCAGAACGCCACCGACGUGCAGUCCGCGCGGGUCACCGUGCCGCGCAACGCGUACCGCGCCGUCCUCGAGGUCUACGUCUCGUCCCACGACGCCGACGAGUUCUGGUACAUGAACACGCCCGAGCAGAACGGGCCGUUCCGCGAGGUCACCGUGCUGCUCGACGGCGACGUCGUCGGCGCCGUGUGGCCGUUCCCGGUGAUCUACACCGGCGGCAUUAACCCGCUCAUCUGGCGGCCCAUCACCAGCAUUGGCUCCUUCAACAUGCCCACCUACGACAUCGAGCUCACGCCAUUCCUGGGCAAGCUCCUCGACGGCGAGGACCACGAGCUCGGGUUCGCGGUGACCAACGCGCAGAGGUCGUGGUACGUGGACGCCAACCUCCACCUGUGGCUGGACCCCAAGAGCACCAGGACCACCGGCGGGCUCGUCGCGUACGACGCGCCGAAGCUGGCCGGCAGCAUCGUCUCGCACUCCGCGGACGGCAUCGACGGCGAGUACGAGGCGGCGGCGAGCCGCAACAUCACGGCCACGGGGUGGGUGAGCUCGUCGCGCGGCAACGUCACCACCACGUUCGCGCAGCGGCUGAGCUUCGCCAACACGAACGUGGUCAGCGGUCAGGGCAGCGCGCAGGCGAUCAACCAGACGACGGACGCGCUCACGACCGUCACCGGCGGUGCGGCGUCCGCGUCGGCGCAGCAGCAGGUGCACCAGAGCUUCCCGCUCUACAUCUUCCUGGGCGGCGACGGCAGCGGCACGUCGUCGCAGCGGCUGAUGCGGCGCGUGGAGAUCGGGUUCGACGAGACGCGGUCCAAGGGAGGAGGAGGAGGAGGAGGAGGGGCGGCGACGAGCACGCUGCGGAACGCGCAGGCGGCGGCGGCGGAGGUGACGCUCCGGGACGACGCCGUGGUGGGCGCGUCGUGGCGGAUGCAUCAGACGUACGCGUACGGCGCCAGCGACGGCGGCUGCUACCUCAGGAACGUAAGCAGCGUCGGUUACGACGUGCUUUUCGACCAUCAUGACGCGUCCUGCGCCGGUACGCUCGGCCGCUGACGCCUGUCGCCGACAGCGCCUUGUCGGCGCCUCCGCCGCGCGGGCCGGUGGAUAACGGCCGGGGAAGCGACAUGGGUGUAAAUGGAACGCUGCACCGGUGGACGAACUGUACUGGCUUUGGCUCGGCAUGGCCUGGCCUGGCCCACAUCCGGUCUUCAAUUAUUAAAUACUGUCCUAAAUGAUGGGUCAUUUUCAUGUGCUAAUUAGCUUUUCAAUAAGAAAAGAUGUGAUCUGAUGCAGCAAGCAGUAGUAGACCUGUAGUACAGUACAGGUAGCCCAAAAUGUAAAGGAAACAGCUGGCUAUGUAAUUUAAUACCACUUGUUUUUAUAUAUAAUAUAAUCUGUAGUAAAAUAGGAAUUCUUUUGACGAAUUA